AUGGAAGAUUUCGUUUCUCCAACUCAUUCUAUCUAAAUGCAUGACAAAUUUGUCACCAGAUUAGAGAAGCUCCAGAAGCUUUUUGAUAACAGUGUGCAAAGAAAAGAUUAAUAACAUAUCAUCUUAUAAUAAUUGAACAUUACAAUGCAGGAUUGGGCUGAUAUUUAGUCAUCCUACAAAGAAUUAGAGAAGGCACACAACGAAUUCAAUAUUACCAACAUUGGAAAAUAGAAAAAGAUGGAUUAAACCGAGUUAGAUAUGCUAAGGAUCAUUGUUGGGUUGUACUGCAAUGCUCAUAAUCUUCAGCCCCUUUCAAUGAAUGUUUAUGAUUGGGAUUAAGUCGGACAGAUACUAUUCAACAGACAUUGGAAGGUUUGCAGAAGUAGAUGGGUGGAGAGUCAGGCUACUUCAAUAGUAGAUCAUCCUUGGACUCGAGAAGAGGAUUCAGUUUUGAGUUAACUCUACAAUAAGUAUGCAGAACAGAACAGAAGCAAUAAAUGGAGUUUGAUAGCUAUGGAAAUGAGCAAGAUAUGCAAUUCAUCUAAUGUGAGAUUGGGUAAAUAGUGCAGAGAGAGAUGGAUAAAUAAAUUAAAUCCAUAAGUAGAGAGAGGUCCAUGGUACAAGGAGGAUGAAAUUAAAUUGUUGGUUGCUGUUCUACAAUAUGGAAAGAAAUGGUCAUAAAUUUCAAGAAGAGAUUUUGAGAAUCUGAGAACCGAGAAUUGCUUAAAAAAUAGAUUUCAUACAAUUAUUAAAAGGGAAUCUACAAAAUUUGAAUAGAACUCACAGUAAUCUAAGAAAUAGAUUUAUUCGAAAUUAAAGCUUGAGGAUGAGCAACAAUUGAUAGAACAAAUAAUACAAGAGUUGAGAGAAGAAUCCUUACUUUAACAGCAGUCUGUUGAAUGUAAUAAACUUAAAUAAAAGUUUAAACUUACUUAGACAGAUUAGCUUCUCGAUUUUCUCAACAAUAAUUUCCAAAUUGCUAUAAUUAAGAAGAAUAAACUCAGUGUAUUAUGUUGA